AUGGCGAUUCGUCAAGAGGAGACGAACGACCGCUCGGAACACACCACUCCGAGCAGUGAUUCAGUCGUUCGGUCGCUUGGAAAUCGCCGAUCAGACAGAGUCCUUCAACACCUCAUCCUUCGUCGAAGCACUUUAUGGCGUCUCCAUCCUGCACGCUUCUGUCCUGGUGUUAGACAACGUCGUUGUCCAUCACUCGGCAGCGGUCGAGGAGCACGCAACUGCGAAUGGCGUUGCGCUGCUCUUCUUGCCGAGUUAUUCUCUCUGGCUGAAUCCAGUCGAAAGCGUCAUCUCUGUUGGCAAACGCAAGUGUGA